GCUUCUUGCCGUAUUUCGAGUUGGGUUUCUUGUAUUUCUGGCCGGCGUGCUGGCUCUGCUUCGGUUAGGGAAAUAGGAACCUAGGAAAGAUGCUCUCGACAUUUUGUGCUGGUCCGUACGUGGGUGGAUCUUGGCACGGGUGCUGCUUCGAUUGUAGGGUAUCAGUUUCUGUGCAAGAUAAGCUGUUGGUGUUCUUGUUGGUUGGUCGGUCGGUCGGUCGUUUGCUUUCAUCCACCAAAUUGAUGCUCUCCAGUUCAACAUGGGGACGGCUGAUUCUUGAUCGGCCUUCUUUUGCCCUAUGACCAACUGACUGACCAAGAUGAUCUUCUUGGCUAGCCCAUGUAGAUGCAGUCUUCUCCUGUUGGUGGGUGUAUAAUUCAGUAGCACUCAAAGCAAUUCUGAACCCUUUCGAGAUUGAUUGAUGGUGCAAAAGAUUAUUUAUUCUUUGGUGUGUCUGCUUUGUUCGUUAGUAGCGGUAGUGCUUGUGCGGUACUUUGUCUGUCAUAUACAGAGGACAAUUUUAGCAAAGGGGUUUCCCAACUAAUUGCAUAUUCCUCUGUCUGCCGCUGAUCUGAACAUUCUGUUUUCGUGUCAAAUAGAAUACACAGCUACUAACUUUGUUGCGCUCUGUAUCUGUGGAGAAUAUUGUGUUUCUCUGAUUCCAUCUUCUUUAACAAUUUGUAUAUUUAUAUGGUACAUCGGAAUUUAGCAGUGAGUCAUUGUAUUACUACUCAUGAGAAGCACAACUUUGUUGCUGGUGUUUGUUUAUGCACGUUUUUGGGCACUUAAUCAUAAUUCUCUCUGUUCUGGUCUUUAAAAUCAUUCUCUCGUUUCAUAACCAUAUGUUUAUCCGUAUUUCCACUUGCUGGACUGAAAAUGGAAACACCAAACACUUGUUCUUUUUGUUCUCUGUUUGAUAGCCUUAUGACGGACAGAGGUGAUGGACCAAUUGGUAGUCUCCCUGAACAUCUCCUUGUAGAAAUAUUGACUCGGUUACCAACCCAUGAGUGGGUUCAAAUAUCAUGUGUCAGCAAGCAUUGGGCAAGCAUGUUCCGAGGAGAAUACUUGUGGCAAACCGCUAUUGCAAGGAAAUGGCCAUCAGCUGGUUUCCGGAAACGCUGGCCUGGGCCAAUUCCCAGAGGCUCUGCUAGGAGAAGAUUCCAAGCACUUUAUGUCAGCGAGAACCUUGUACCAUCUGGUGGGGAGAUUGACGAGCUUGUUGGUCACACAUAUCUCUAUCUAAAAGAACAACUUGAGCGUGUUGCCGUUCCUCCAUCCAGCAUACUUCAUGGCACCAUCAUUGAUCAGUUCAUUGCUUGUGGUAGGACAGGAGAAAAGGCCCAUGAACUUGCUUCAAAUAUAUGGAUUGCAGUCAUUGACAAUUUGGAAGAAAACCAGCAGACAUUCAUGCUGUUAAAACACCUAGCGCAAGAAGGAGAUUUUUUCCUUCCAUUUCCAUAUUCGAGGUCGUAUAAAGUACUGUGGAGGGUGUUUGACAAGCUGUUCACCGACUUCCGUGACUGUUUCAACGGGGCAGAUUACCAUGAGGCGCUAGCAGGUGCCAAGUCUAGGUUUCAGCCAGUACCUUCUUCAUGGCUUGGACAUUAGCACACAGCUGUUGUUCUUUGUGAGUUGUACAAUAUCUUAGAUGUAGCUGCUAUACUUCCCCGAGUGAAAAGGUGGAUGCCAAAGAAUGGCAAUUCCAAUGGGAUGACAUUUAUGUUUGGUGACUUGGCCGACAAUUUCAAGAACGCCAAAAUAUAUGUGAUUGUUUGAUUGCAAAA